CAACCGACCUCCGUUGCCGCCGUUUAAAAAAAAGAAAAUGUCUGUUGCGUUAGGCCUGUCUGCGCGGGCUUCAUCAUUCAGCGGCUAGCUCGAGCGUUCAACGCUACCACUCCCGCUAGGCUCUCGUCUCUGGUCUCCGCAUCUGUAGCGCAGCUUCGGACGUCGUCUACGACGUCGGGGAGCGGCGUCAUGUCUUCGGACGGGCUGGAAGACCUGGACGGUUUGGCCGCGGCGGAAGACGGACUGCAGAAUGGCGAAGCCGCCGCCGGCGCCGGGAACAAAGGAGGAGCUAAGGGUCGGCUCUCGGUGGAGCGCAUCUACCAAAAGAAGAGUCAGCUGGAGCACAUCCUGCUCCGGCCGGACACCUACAUCGGCUCGGUCGAGCCGGUGACGCAAAACAUGUGGGUCUACGACGGCGAAGAAAACGGCGGCAUGAAGAACCGCAACAUCACCUUCGUACCCGGCCUCUACAAGAUAUUCGACGAGAUACUGGUCAACGCGGCGGACAACAAGCAGCGCGACAAGAACAUGGACUGCAUUAAGAUCGAGAUCGACGCCGAACAAAACCGCAUCUCGAUCUGGAACAACGGCAAGGGAAUCCCCGUAGUCGAGCACAAGGUAGAGAAGAUGUUUGUGCCGACGCUCAUUUUCGGCCACUUGCUCACCUCCUCCAAUUACAACGACGAGGAGAAAAAAGUCACCGGAGGCCGCAACGGCUACGGCGCCAAACUGUGCAACAUUUUCAGCACCAAGUUCACCGUGGAGACCUACUCGCGUAGUGAGAAGAAGCUAUUCAAGCAGGUAUGGGAGGACAACAUGAAAAAGACCACGGACCCCAAGAUCCGGACGGAGCCAAAGGGCGACGACUUUACGAAGAUCACCUUCCAGCCAGAUCUGGCAAAGUUCAAGAUGGAGAAACUGGACCCUGACACGGUCGCCCUUCUCUCGCGACGGGCUUACGAUGUGGCUGGUUGCACAAGAGGUGUCAAGGUCUACCUGAAUGGCAAGCGGCUGCCCGUGAAGGGCUUUAAGGACUACACGCAGCUUUUUGUGAAGGACAAGGAGGACGAGGCUGGCAACCCGCUGAAUGUGGUCUACGAGAGCGUCAACGACCGCUGGGAGGUGGCGGUCACACUGAGCGAGUCGGGUGAUUUCCGCCAGAUGAGCUUUGUCAACAGCAUUGCCACGACCAAGGGUGGCAGCCACGUCGACUACGUGGCUGAUCAGCUCGUGAAGAAGAUUCUAGAAAGCGUGAAGAAGAAGAACAAGGCAGGUGUGAAGAUCCAGAACAAGCAGGUCAAGGACCACUUGUGGGUAUUCGUGAACUGCCUCAUCGAGAACCCCACGUUUGACUCCCAGACGAAGGAGAACAUGACCCUGCAGGUCAAGAAGUUUGGCUCCAAGUGCGAGCUCAGUGACAAGUUCUCCAACCAGGUUCUCAAGUGUGGCGUUGUGGAGGCCGUCAUGUCGUGGGUCAACUUCAAGGCCCAGAAGCAGCUGGGCCAGAAGUGCUCGGCCAAGAAGCACUCCAAGCUCAAGGGCAUCCCCAAACUGGAGGACGCCAAUGACGCGGGCACCCGCAACUCGGUCGACUGCACCCUCAUCCUCACCGAAGGAGACUCGGCCAAAAGCUUGGCUGUCUCGGGACUAGCCGUCGUCGGCCGGGACAAGUUCGGUGUGUUCCCGCUCAAGGGAAAGAUUCUCAACGUCCGUGAGGCCACCCACAAGCAGAUCCUUGAGAAUGCCGAGAUCAACAAUGUCAUCAAGAUUAUGGGUCUGCAGUACAAGAAAAAGUACGAGUCCGUGGAGGACCUGAAGACCCUGCGCUACGGUCGCCUGAUGAUCAUGACAGAUCAGGAUCAGGACGGCUCGCACAUCAAGGGCCUGCUGAUCAACUUCAUCCACCACAACUGGCCGUCCCUGCUGAAGCUGCCGUUCCUCGAGGAGUUCAUCACCCCCAUCGUCAAGGCAUCCAAGGGCAAGACCGAGCUGUCCUUCUACUCCCUGCCUGAAUUCGAGGAGUGGAAGACUGCCACUGACGACUGGCAACGCUGGAAAGUCAAGUACUAUAAGGGUCUUGGCACCAGCACAGCCAAAGAGGCCAAGGAAUACUUCAUCGACAUGGCUCGGCACCGAAUCAAGUUCAAGUACCAGGGCGGCGAGGACGACCGUGCCAUCGAGCUGGCUUUCAGCAAGAAGAUGAUAGAGCAGCGCAAGGAGUGGCUGCGCAACGGCAUGGAAGAACGCAAGCAGCGCCGCGAGCUGGGCCUGCCCGAGGUGUACCUCUACGGCAAGGACACGCGCAACAUCACCUACGAGGACUUUGUCAACAAGGAGCUCAUCCUGUUCAGCAACAUGGACAACGAGCGCUCCAUCCCGUCCCUCGUGGACGGUCUCAAACCGGGCCAGCGCAAGGUCCUCUACACGUGCUUCAAGCGCAACGACAAGCGGGAAAUCAAGGUGGCCCAGUUGGCGGGUUCGGUGGCCGAGCACUCGGCCUACCACCACGGCGAGGUGUCCCUCAUGUCCACCAUCAUCAACCUGGCGCAGAACUUUGUGGGCAGCAACAACAUCAACCUGCUGCAGCCCAUCGGCCAGUUUGGUACGCGCCUCCAGGGUGGCAAGGAUGCAGCCAGCCCUCGAUACAUCUUCACAAUGCUAUCGCCGCUGGCACGGCUAAUCAUGCCAGCAUUGGACGACCCCGUUCUGGACUACCUGUUCGACGACAAUCAGCGAAUAGAGCCCGAGUACUACAUACCCAUACUUCCCAUGGUGCUGGUGAAUGGUGCGGAGGGCAUUGGCACCGGCUGGAGCACCAAGAUCCCCAACUACAACCCCCGCGAGAUUGUGGCCAAUCUGCGAAAGAUGUUAAAUGGCGAGGAAACCAAGCCCAUGAAGCCCUGGUUCAAGAACUUCCGUGGAUCUGUAGACCAGGUGGAGCCCCAGCGAUUCCUGAUCAGCGGCGAGGUGGCCAUCCUUAGCUCAACCACAAUCGAGAUCACCGAGCUGCCCAUCCGCACGUGGACCCAAGCGUACAAGGAGUCAGUGCUGGAGGCCAUGCUGCACGGCAGUGAGAAGGUGCCCCCCUUGAUCACCGACUACAAAGAAUACCACACCGACACCACGGUACGCUUCGUGGUCACCAUGAGCGAAGAGAAGCUGUCCAAGGCACGUGAUGAGGGCCUCCACAAGGUGUUCAAGCUGCAAACGUCGCUCACCACCUCGUCCAUGGUGCUGUUCGACUCCAAGGGUGUUCUGACCACCUUCCGCACGCCCGAGGAGAUACUGAAGGACUUCUACGAGACGCGCCUCGAAGGGUACAAGAAGCGCAAGGCAUACAUGAUGGGCCUUUUGUCGGCCGAGGCCAAGAAGCUGGAGAAUCAGGCACGCUUCAUCCUCGAGAAGAUCGACAACCUGAUCAAGAUAGAAAACAGGCGCCGCAAGGAGAUGAUCCUGACGCUGCGGGAGCGUGGCUACGAUCCGGAUCCUAUAGUUGAGUGGAAGAAGCAGCAGGCCGAGCAAGAGGACAAGCAGGAUUCGCAGGAUGAUGAGGAAGAGGAGGAUAAAGAUGAGGACAAAGACGGUGGUAGCGCGAGCUACAACUACCUUCUGGGCAUGCCGCUGUGGAGCCUGACGCGGGAACGCAAGGAAGACCUGCUCGCCAAGCGAGACCAGAAGCGAGCCGAGGUGGAGACGCUCCGUCGCAAGACUCCCGAGAACUUGUGGGAGGAAGACCUGGAAGCAUUCAUGACCAAGUUGGACGAGGUCGAGAAGGUCGAACGAGACGAUGAGAAUUCCACGGGGGUCAAAGUGGCGGGCCUCAAGCUGGCAACCAGCAAGGGUGGCCGGGUGAAGAGUGGCGGCUCCAAGAAAAUGGAAGCCGAGACACAGCCAUCGCCGUUCGGAGAACGCGUCGAGCCGAAAGUCGACUGGGAGGCCAAGAGGAAGACUGAAAAGGGCACGGGGCCCGGCCGCAAGCCAAAGAAAUCGUUCGAAGAAGGGAAGAGCGAAGGUGGAGGAGGAGACGACGAAGGCGGUGCGCCACCAAAGCCACCGCGCAAGCGCGCUCCCAAGGGCACCGGCGAAAAGAAGAGGACGCCGAAGAAGCGGCGCAACAGCUGGUCCGGAUCAGACUCGUCCGACGCGCAGUCGGUGAUGAGCUUCGGCUCUGACGACGAGGAGAGGCCGAUGAUUCCUCCCGAGCGGCAGACAUCUCGGCGAGCAGCGCUGGCCCGUCCCAAGUACAAGCUUGAUGACAGCGACGAGGAAGAUGACGACGACGACAUGGGUGAGACGAGGGCCAACGAAGGCGUGCUCGAAGACGUGGAGGAGUCCCGUCCAUCAGAACCGGCUGCAUCGACGGAGGAUGGCCAGGAAGACGGCCAGGAGAAUGGACGCGUUCGUGGUGCAUUUGACAGUGACAGUGAUAGCAACCUCGAACCCCUGACAAAAAGGCUCAGUAGUCAAGGUGGGAAGGACAACUCUGAGGUGGCGUUCGACUCUCUCUUUGGUGGAGGUGGUUCAGCGAGUGGAUCGAAGGCACCGGCCUCACACAAAAGUGCGGGAAGUGGGUCCGACAACGAACCGCCUGUGGCGCCUAAACCGGCACCCAAGAAGGCACCAGCAAAGAGAAAGCCACCAGCACAGAGUGACUCAGAUGCUUCAGAUGUUGACGAGGAAUUCAAGCCCAAGAAAGCUCCCGCAUCCCGCAAACCCGCAGCACCGAAGAAGAAGCCGGCUCGCAGCGGCUCCGACGUGUCAGACGUGGAUGAUGAUGAUUUCAAGCCCAAGAAGGCGGCUCCCGCACGGAAGCCGGCAGCUCCCAAGAGCCGGAAGAAGAAAGCCACGGACUCAGAUUCCGACGGGGCUCGGAAGAAGUCGAAGCCAGCAAAGAAGUCGAAGAAGGCCGCGUCGUCUGACGACGACGUCGAUGACAUUGCAGCAUCCGUAGCACCGCGCAUGACGACUGGCCGUACCAAGGCACCGGUCAAAUACAACUUUGGUAGUGACAGCAGUGACGAUGACUUCUAAAUUAUGCCUUCGCUUUGGUUUCCCAUGCUAAGCAUAUUCAAGGCCUUUGCUUUUAGGUGUGUUGCAGUUUUAUCGCUCAUUUACUUGCGUUCUUGUUUGUCCUGUUACAUUCCACCCCUUGCCACACGGAGCAGGACGACUCCGCUUUGUGCCGCUUUUCAUUACUUUGUCAUUUUGUGCUGCUAACCUUGUGAGCAUUCAUCUGUACUAGGUAGAGUGUACUAGAAAGGCUUUGUGGGGGAAGGGGUGGCUCCAUGGGAGUGCUUCAUUGUGGUGCAUUUUGAAUGUUGGCGUGUAAAACUUUUAAACCAAUUUCAUUACAUUUGACGGUUUCUCAGUGAACCAACAUCUCAUUCGCAGUUUACAUUCUCUUUGUUUCUUCGCUCUGGUGCAGGAUCGCUGAUUUCGAAAUAACAAUUCUCUACUGUUUCUUUCGGCUGAAAGCAGCUGCGAACUGAAACGUGCGAUAGAACCAACGUAGACGAACACGAUUUUUAAUUGACAUUUCUCAUUUUUUUUUACUGUGGUGCUGACGAAAAACGUUAAUGGGGACGCAUCCUGUACUAUCACAAUGUAAAUAUAGCAUCUAAUGCAAGACAUAACUCAUUGUUUUAGGUAAGUGUUUCAUUGCUACUCCUUUUACCAACAAACUCCGACCCACAAGGAAUGCUUAUUGUGCUCGAAAGGACGCCUGGACGGUUAAACCUCGUGUAUAGAACUCUGUCUCGUCGGAGAAUGCAAGAAAACAAUGUGGUGUGUCGAGAGGGUUUGUACUGUGCGACGUUUUUAGCUAAAAACUGCUCACUGCACGAUUAUGUCAAGUUUCCCAUUUGCCCUGUAAAGCUUUCUAGCACACUAUACCGCCCCGCACAAUCCACUUCUCUGCAUUUCUGUAUUGUCGACCAUGCCACUCCUUUUUCUUUCUGUUCUGCUGACGUGUUACUUCGUGAAGUGCUAGAAUGCUUAGAAAACGAAGCGUAUAUGGUGAUGGUCACUUGGCUUUUUAUGUUAAGGCACAGUAGGCGUUGUGUUUGUGCUUUGCAUUUCGUCACUAAAGUUUCAAAGUGAGCAUUUAGGAGGUCUGUACACUUAUUUAAGACGAUGCUACUCACGGCUUUUUCCGUGAGGAAUGCAUUCGUUUCUGAUGCGUUUUUAUGUUUUUAAGUGUAAAAUACAAUAAAUGUUUUGUGCAUAUGGUA